AUGAGGGUCGGGAGGGACGUUUUGGACAGGAAGGAGAAAGUGGGUGGAGGGACGGUGCUCGUGGGCGAGAUGAGGGUCGGGAGGGACGCUUUGGAGAGGGAGGAGAAAGUGGGUGGAGGGACGAUACUCGUGGGCGAGGUGAGGGUCGGGAGCGACGUUUCGGAGAGAGAGGAGAAAGUGGAUGGAGGGACGAUGCUCGAUAUGAUAACGGAUUGA